AGAGACCCGGUUCGACCUGUGUAGCAAUUCCUCUUCCUUUAAGCUACGUUUUGUCUGGGGUAUAGGGUGCGCAUGUACUGUGCAAAAUGACUCAGUGUCAUACGAUCUGGGGAAGUAUUGUCGGUUUCUAAACCUUUGAUGAGAGGUGUACACUGUAGCUUCGUGUUCAAUUGUAGGUGGUAUCAUGGAGCUCCAUGGCCAUGGUGGUAUCAAGGGAUGAAGGUGGACAAGAAGACCUGUGCAUAUCUAUGGGUAUUCACAGCUGCUGUCAUCUGUCUGGUCUCGUUGUCAUGGAGCAUCCGGGCACCAGGCAAUAUCCUCAGGAGAAGCGGACAAGACGGGGACCAACCAAAUCACGGCGAGGUUCACUCCAAUGUUACAACCGAGGCCAUUAAUUUUACGAACUAUAGAGAGCUUUUAAAAACUGCAUACGACCAGCGGUACGAGGGUCACAUAAACCCCCAUGACUUCAGCCUCGUUCUGGACGAGCCUCUGGCAUGCAUGGAGUAUGAAAGAGGGCGCCCCAGGAGAGUGUUUCUGCUGGUUUUGGUCGCCACUUCCCCGGCCAAUUUCAAGCGGAGGCAAGCCGUCCGCGAAACGUGGGGUAGCCCAGCGGCACUGGACGGCCGAGCCAUUGUGACUCUGUUUCUUCUCGGAAAGACGGUGAAUUCUUACUUGUACAGGAAUGUCUUGAAAGAAAGUGCGGAGCACCACGAUCUCCUGAUGGAGGACUUCGCGGACAGAUACAAGAACCUGACCCUGAAGACCAUGAUGGCCAUGAAGUGGGCCAGCACCCACUGUCCGCAGGCCUCAUUUGUCAUGAAGACAGACGAUGACAUGUUCGUCAGCUAUCGCAAUCUCUUAGACUACCUUGCCGCCAUGAGUGCUCCUGACACCGGCUUCGCCCUCGGCCGUGUCCUGGAGGGCAAGGCCCCCUUCCGGGACCCCAAGAGCAAGUACUUCGUGUCCAAGGAGGCGUACCCCGGAGAUGUCUACCCGCCGUGGCUAUCCGGGGGAGGCUUCGUGUUGUCCGGCGACAUGCCUGGGAGAAUCUACUCGGCAUCUCUUGACACCAGGUUCCUGUAUCUCGAGGACGUCUACGUGGGCAUGUGCUUGCAGAAGCUCAAAGUCACGCCCAUUAUGAGUGACCGGUUCAAUAAUGUGCACAUCGGAUACUCUUAUUGCAUGUUUCGGUAUCUCAUUACGUCGCAUCGUUUUGACCCCGAAGAACUGAGAGCCGCAUGGAAAGACAUGUUGGUCCCGAGAACUUGUUGGUUUUGGACAUGAACUAGAACUAUAUCUACACAAAAACUGCCUUGUUGAUUUUCCACGACGCGUACACGGGGCCUUUUUUUCUAUUUAUAUAUACCAUUGGCUUUCUGGCACCUGAAGACAUGCAAUCUAUGCAAUUAUUUUGGCGCACCAAUCUCACCGAGGAAACAGGGUACAAUUGUAUUUGAAAUGUACAAUUUAAAAGCUUUUUAAGAUUUCAGUAUUUGAGCGAAAUGGCUGUAGUCAUUUCUUGAAGUGGCCGCUGAUAGGCCAUGGUGGAUUUUCAAUUUUAACAUGGGCUUCACAUCUGCUCGGAAAUUCAGGGGCAAGUAGCUUUAAUGACCGUCUUGCAUUUUACCACUGCAUUUACGUUUAAAAAAAAUUAUUAUAUGUUAUAA